CUUUUUUGAAUGAUAAUGUCAUUGGAAAUUUCAUUUUGCCUUUGCCCAAGAAGACAACAGUUGCUUUCUGCAAUGCAGAGAAAUUGUAAUAUCUACAAUUAUUCAAUACUGUACACCAAAGGUUUUAGGAGCUGUCAUUUGCUCAAUGUGAUAAGUAUUUGUGCAGUAUUUAGCAGAUUGAUACUUAUUUUCUUGAUACUCGUCUUUUUGGUGCUAUUCCAAUUUAAACGUGGUAAUAAAAAUCCUAUAAUUCAAAUAUAUUUCAGCUCGUGUAAAGGAAUGUGAUCAGCAUCUCACGCAUGGGUAUUUAACUGUUGUAAUCAGAGGAUAUGUUCUUAAUGCAAGCAAGGGCAAUAGAAUUUGAUCCCCAAAUGUCUAGAUUUGCAAUUUCUGAGUACUCAGGUGUGUGAUUACUGGCAGGCUAAAGUGCUUUGUGAGAAUGGGGUAGAAAGAGCUCCUGCCAAAUUCUCCUAACAUUUCUUCUUUCUUCCGUGAGCAGAGAGGAAUUGCAUUCCCAUGAUGAUACAUGCACUCCCACUGGAAAGCAGCCAGGUAGAAAGAAGAAACAAAACAACAAAAUAUGCUUUUCUAUGCUUCAAGUGUCUUAAGUGCUCAAUACACGUAGGGAGUUCAGCUGCUACGUGGGACCUGUUCUCACCUCCUGUACAGAUGGAUGCAUCCCUGAACUCAUGUGAAUUGGCUUGGGUUUGGUGUCGGUUGGGAGCUCUUCUCUAGUCCAGCUAGUAUCACCUCUCCUUGAGCUUCCCCAUGCCAUAUGGACAUGUCUGAUGGAGAGGCAAGAAGGGAUUUUCUAAGAGCAGGGUGAGGGCUGGAGCAACUCUUAGGGAUGGCAUCUGUGUUUACUUGUUAUAGCACUUUGCGGCAACCACAGACCUUUUCUUGUGGAUGAUUGCAGCCACCCCAGGUAGAUCCUGACAGGCUGGUGGGAUAAGAGAAAUAAUGCAAUCUGUGAGAACUUCACUGUGCUUGAACACGGUUAUACAGAAGCUCAAACAGCUACAUUUUCUGUAAGUGCAAAUAAUAAUAUUGCUGCAUUGUUGCCUCACUGAAAGUGGCCCAGGUUCAAAGCAGGAUUUGGUUAUGUGUUUGUACCAGAUGGAGCUUUUAAAUUUUCAUCAGUAGGUUUAUAAACACAAAAAUAUCCUUUUAUCUGCCCCCAGCUCUUUUACUAAUUAGCUGCAAAUGCUGAACUUCAGUUAGCCUGGAGUGGAGAAGCAGAUGAAAUAAUACACAUUCUUACUCAUGAUUAUCCAUCAUGUGAAAAUGAAAUAGAUAUUAAUAAUGAAUGUUCCAGGUUUUUCGGGCUUUUCUAUUGGUGCAUUUUCCCUCUUUAAUACUUGGUAGUAUAAAUGAGUGAAAAUAGCUAAAAAAUAAUGAGCCAGAAUCUCUGGUGAUGAAAUUCUGUUGCCCACAAAGAGUGAGAGUUUUCAGCCUUGCUCAUCUUUGCCUUGGCUCCUGUAGAUAUUGGGCCAAGCCAGCACAAGGGUCUGUGACAGAUGUGUUUUUUAGUCGCCAUGGAAGGAUUUUACAAAGGCACUUGCAAAACUACAUUUUUCCUGCUGCUGAGGUGGCCAGAGAGGUCUAGGCUUUGAAGCAACACUGCUGUAUGUUACGAGAGAAUCACAGCUUUCCUGAGGGGUGCAGGUGCAUGGAGAGGCAAAGGGAUGAGUUGAAUGCUGUAUUUGCCUCUAGCAGCAUGUUUGCUGGCCUACAACAUGUACUCUGUGUGUGCCCCAGCUGAGAAGCUCUUUCUGGACCCUGCAGGCAUCCAUCUACUGUGCCUGUUCCGUGUGGUUUAUAAAUCAUUCAAGAGAUUUGCAUCUUUCUACAGCUGUACCAGCUCUUUAGAGGAUAUCGAGGAAGGAUCUCUACCUUAACUGAUAACUUUUAGGCAGGAAAAUGUUUGGGUGUAUUUUCAAACAUCAGUCUUGGCACACAGUUUAGAAUGUCGCUAUAGCUAUAGGAGUGGCGAAAGAAAACCCAGCGACACAGCUUCCUCAGAGGUAGAAGAAGCUCUUCCAGAAAAACACACAUCUGCACACAUAUUAUAGACUACCCCGCUGAACCAAGAAUAGGAUCAGCUUAUUGGUCCAAGGAAAAGCAACACCUCUUACAAAACAUGCUUUUCUCACACACAUACAAUGUCAACACCAGCAGGUGCAACUUUUGUUUAUUAAUUUUUUCCUUUCUGUUUUCUUUCAAACGCCUGGGAAAACUCUGCUUUCCUAGGCUCCAUAUCCACAUUAGAACAUAUUGGAAAAUUGUCAGGAAAGCUGAGGAAAGGCACCACUUCGUGAGGUAUAGAUUGGUUCUGGGAAUUCUGCAUCCAACUUUUCAUGUCAUAGAAUCAUAGAAUGUUAAAGAGUUGGAGUGAACCUUAAAGACCACGUAGUCCCAAUCCCCCUGCCAUGGGCAGGGACACGUCCCCCUAGAUCAGGGUGCUCAAGGCCUUAUCCAGCCUGGCUUUGAACACUCCCAGGGCUGGGGCAUCGAACUGUGUUGGCUAUCUUGCCUUAAGAAGGCUUUGCUGGAAAAGUAAUCCACUAAAAGGAUAGACUCUACUGUUGGGAAAUAGAGAUGCAUAAAUAUGAACCAGUAACUGAAAGAAAACUUUUCUUUCAAUAAUAAUAAUAAUGGAAUAUGUUCUGACUAAUCAAACCCCAGAACAUACCCCUGAAACACUAGUCACUUCUUUGGUGGGUUGUGCUUCAGCAUAAGGAUGCCAGCUUUAUGGGCCAUACUAACCUUGGAAUAAAAUGCAGUAGAAUCUCUGAAGUUGGAAAAGACAUUUAAAAUCAUGGAGUCCAACUAUAAACCUCACACUGCCAAGUCCAACACUCAGCCAUGUUCCCAAGCGCCACAUCUACAUGUUGUUUAAACACCUACAAAGAUGGUGACUCAACCACUUCCCUGGGCAGCCUGUUCCAGUGCUUGACAAUCCUUUCUGUGAAGAAAUCUUUCCUAAUAUCCAAACUAAGAUGGUAGGAGAAAGGCAAAGCAGCAUUGCCAAAGUCUCCCCUGACGACACAAAACCAACAGAUUUUUUUCUUUUCCUGAGUCAUGCUUAGUAUGUGUAGCUGGAGGCAGCUGCUGCUCUGUCACAAAAUGUGGCUGUGAGCAGGAGGUAGCAAAAAGCCAGCACUACACAGGGGUCUGCAGUUGCCACAGGAGUCUGUGUCCAAGUGCCACUUGAUUGAAUUAUCAGAGAUGCGUGAGGCUUCAGUUCUAAUUUAGCAUAGGCUGAGAGAUUACUGAGCAAAAAUGGACCUGUUCUCUGAUCUGCUAUUCUGAUGCGAUAGCUCACUGUUAAAAGAAGGCCACCAAGCUUUUCUUUUUACUGCACUGGACAUUGCAAGGGAAGGGAAAGUUCUAUUUAAAAUUGCUUAAUCGGAGAUGAAGUGCAGUUGAGAAGAAAGAUCAAAGAUAGGAAGUAGGGACAGGAAGAAAGAGAUGAGGUACAGUGUGUCUGCACAUUUCAUGUUAAUGAAUCUCUGCUUAGGAAGGGAAGGAUGGAUCUUUGUGUACCAGGAGAGAAAAACAGCUUCUACCACCACACUGAGACUCCCUUUGAACAUGGUCUCCUACGAAAUGAAGGACUGCACUCUGCUUUACAUUUCACAGAAUUAGAAAAGACCAAGCUAUUUUCUGACUGCCUGCAUCCUGCUUAUGUAACUUGCAGAUAACAGUUGUGCAACCUCUGGCUGAGCCCUGGAAAAUUUCCUUGUUGGUGAGUCAGGUGCUUGACAAACUGUCUGGUGCAGUGGGCUUGGAGAUGAGAUUGCAGUCAGAGGCACUACCUGGGUACCAGAGCCCAAUUCAGGGUCUCUUCAUGGAACUUCUUCCUUCUAGAAGCUUGCUGAUCAUCCUGAUCUUGUCAUUGCCAAGUGUCCCUGUUGUGCUGUAUUAAUUAGUGCGAAGCAUCCCCACUGAUUGCUCUGAAGCAGGAGAAAAUUACGGCCCUGACUGUUAUCCAGAGAUGUGGGUCAGCAAGGAAGGAGGAGGAGAGCUAGGCAAGAAUGAGUCCUUGGCCUUUGCAUUAAUUUUAUCCAUAUAAAUUCCAUCAGGAUGUGGGGAGAGUGUUUAGUGCAGCGGAGCUGCAAAAGUGUGAUUUCAUGGGGAAGCACAGAGUCUCCCUUUGCAGUCCUCAUUCUGAAACUCCAUGUAGUCACCAGAACAGUGUUGGUUUGGAGGCUGUGGAUCUGGCUGAAAGCUGGAGGUCAGGACUAUACAUCGUGCUGUAGGAGGAAAAUUGAGAACUACGAAAAGUAAGGAUUAGACCCAGAGAUGAGGGGCAAAACUGAAACAGAUAUAAAACUAUCUCAGCUUCAAACCAGGCUUCCUUGUGGGUCAGCUGUCAUCUCCAGGAGCUGCAGAUCCCAAUUUCCACCUCUUUGGAAGUGUGACUAAGAGGAGCCAGGAGAUCUGUACCACCAAGUAGGCCCAGUCACUGCAGUGUCCAGGCUGGGACAACUGUGAGGUUCCCAGAUCAGCCCAUCUUAAACCAAUCUGUGCAGGAAGGCUGUGUGGCAGCCCAGCUGUGUUCAGAGAAGCACUUGCAAAGACAGACUGCAGUGGGAGGGGGACAAAAAAAGACUUCGCCACAGGGAUGACUGGUGACUAAUGAGUUUCAUUGAUCCUCUGCUUGCAGGAGAGAGCAAUCCAUCACCUGCAGCUCCUGCGGGCUGUUCUUCUGAAGGCUCUGAGGAAGCAAACGUGAAAUGUUACCCAAAAGAAGGGCCGUGUGAUCCUUCUGAACCUAAUGAUGCUGUGCUCUCAUGGAGGUAUGAACCUGAUGCUGCAGAGGAUCCCAGUAUCAGGGACUCUCUGGACGGCUUCUACAAAAUGUAUUGCAGAAAGCAGCCAGAGAGAAAGGAUCCAUCCUACGAGGCUGCCUCAUGGAGUCUGUCACAGAAGAUUUCUGAGCUGGAGCAAAAGGGUGGAACAAAGUAUGUGUCAUGUUGCCUGCAAAUGGCACAGUUGGUCUUGAACAGAGAUGGAUGUAAGAUCUUUCCAAACCAUCCCCCAUCUGCUUGCUUUUCAAAGCCAGCUGAAGGAGAAAUCUUGUUGGAAAACAGGAGGAGGAUGCCUGGACUCUCAGAUGACAUCCUGCAGUUCCUCUUGAAACAAACACAGGCAGAACAUAGCCGUGAUGGGUCACAUGAGAUGUGAGCAAGACAUUGGUUUGUUUCUGUCAUUGAAGCUUUGCUUUCACUCCAGUAGGAGGUGACUUUGUUCUCCAAAGAACACAUUGUUCUCCAAGCACCACCUUCAGCACCAGAUGCUCCAUGGAGGAGUUCACCCACACCAGACCUUGCACCUUGCUCUCUGAAGGGCAGAACUGCAUAAGGAGCAUCCGUGUAACUGCUUGGAAUGUGUUGACUAAUUGAGAGGGGUCAUGCAGUAUUUGUUGCUGGGACAUCAAACAUGAUAAUUUAUACCUACCAGGCUUUUAAAUUGGCCUGCAUCCUUACCGCAGGUUAACAGCCCAAAUUGGUCCAGCCCAAAUUCAGCCCCUGGGUGGGCAUGGCUGUCCAAGUGCUGUUGGCUAUAACAGACGGUUUGAAUGACCUUGGCAUGGUGUGCCCCAGCCCUACAGACGGAAAGUUAGGAUUUCAUUCUGUGCAUUUGCCUCUACAGGGUGCCUGUGUUUUUAGAUAUAUAACCCCACAGUUCAUGAUUGCAAUGCCAGGUGAGUUUUUCCGACAGGAAAAAGCGUGUGUGUGUAUGAGAAAGAGAAAAUACAGCUCUGAGUAUGUUCUCUGACA